AAAGGACAAAAAGGGUGGGAACGAAGAUUGGCUGUUCAACAUGCUUCGCCCUCCCAGACGGUUAGCCCGACCUCAGCAAAUCCGCAACAUCAGUCAACAUAUGAACACUAUCGAACAGAAUGUAAACCUCUUACACAAAUACGGAGCAGCCUCUUCGGGAACAUUUGAAAGGGCAUACACUGCUGUAUACAGAAUCUCGCUAAUGCAUGAGCCCGGUACUGGCAGACGUGUAGCUAUCUUGAUGUUUAAGAAGCUUAUCGCUAUCAUUAUUACUCACUGUGAGAGCCUUGUGAAAGGCGCGCCAGUGUCAGAUGAAGCUAAGUUUCUAACAUACAUAGACCGAAAGGCUCACCAGUUCAAAUUAGCAGCUGACAAGGUCAGUGCUAUGUUCGGAUAUACAGAUCGAGUACCGGGUAUUCAAGAAGACCUCGACGCAGUCACAACUCACUAUGGCAUAGGGUUGGAAGGCUCUAACUCUAAAAUCUUUGAGAUACAUGAAAAAACGCUGGAUUUGGUCUUCUUCCCGAAAGUCGAGAAAAAGUGCAGACGCAGUGCUCUCAGACUGAUUCUCAAUCCGGGACCACACGACGUCUUGCACAUCCCACUAAUACGUGACCUGGUCAUCAGUCGGACUCUACAAUCUUCAACACUACUAGAAGUGACCC